AAGAGGAGGAAGAGGAGGAGGGAGAGAAGGAGGGAUAUGAGGAGGAGGAGGAGGAGGAGGUGAAGGCGGCUCCUCCCGCUCCCUCCAGCUGCCUGCAGCCCGGACAGCAGCGGCACAAGCGCGUCCGCCUUCCUUCUCCGUGUCCGUGUCCGUGUCCGUGAGCGAGCUGCCGUGACCCCAGCCUCACCGACAUGCUCUCCCCGGGACUCUGCGCGUCGCUGCUGGCCGCCUGGUGCGCGCUGUGGCCGGCGGCGGUCCGGGCGGCGUCCUGCGAGCCGGUGCGGAUCCCGCUGUGCCGGUCCAUGCCGUGGAACAUGACCAAGAUGCCGAACCACCUCCACCACAGCACGCAGGACAACGCGGUGCUGGCCAUCGAGCAGUUCGAGGGGCUCCUGGGCACUGCCUGCAGCCCGGACCUGCUCUUCUUCCUGUGUGCCAUGUACGCUCCCAUCUGCACCAUCGACUUCCAGCACGAGCCCAUUAAACCCUGUAAGGGGGUGUGUGAGCGGGCCAAGCAGGGCUGCGAGCCGGUGAUGAAGCGCUACAACCACAGCUGGCCCGACAGCUUGUCCUGCAACGAGCUGCCCAUGUACGACCGCGGAGUCUGCAUCUCGCCCGAGGCCAUCGUCAAGGCGGAGGGUCCAGAUGCAUAUCAUCAGGACCCAACCAGGUGUAACCCAGAGUCCAGUCCAGACUUCCCAAUGGACUCCAACAACUUCCACUGCAGAGAAACACAUGCAGGUCGCUGUAAAUGUUCCACAGUUAAAAUGACCUUCAGAACCUACCGGAGGAACAACUACAACUACGUGAUCAGAGCGAGGGUGAAGGAGGUGAGGAACCGUGGCCUGGAGCCCACGGCGGUGGUGGAGGUCAAGAAGGUUCUAAAGUCUUCUCUGGUCAACAUUCCCAAAGAGAUGCAGACGCUCUACUACUCCUCGUCCUGCAUGUGUCCUCCUCUGACCCCCGAGGAGGACCACCUCAUCAUGGGCUACGAGACCGAGGAGACGUCCAGGUUGCUCCUGGUUGAUCGCUCCAUAGCUCUGAAGUGGACGGACAAACUGGGCAAAAGGGUGGAGAGAUGGGAACAGACUCUAAGGAAGCGGGUUCAGCGGGUUCGCCAAUGAGUGUGUGUGCGCGCGCGCGUGCGUGCGUGCGUGUGAACAUUGCACUAUUACAAGCUGUCGUAGCUGAAUGUAGUUCAUCUCUUCACCUGUCAGAUUAAUUUUCUUUGCACAAACCUAAUUUAGCGUGUGUGUGUGUGUGUGUGUGUGUGUGUGUGUGUGUGUGUGUGUGUGUGUGUGUGUGUGUGUGUGUGUGUGUGUGUGUGUGUGUGUGUGUGUGUGUGUGUGUGUGUCGCGGGGGGACAGAGGAGUGGCACGGCGGCUGGAGGUGGUCUGACCUUUGACCUCUGCCUCCAGCCGUACUGCUGUGGCUGCAGAUCCAGAGUAAACGGCACAUAACGCGGCUGCAGCGGCGCUCGGCUCACGAAGGACGCACCAGACGUGUGUCUCCAUGUAGCGGGACGGCGUCGUGGGCAAACGCCCAUCGUGCUACGUUAUUAUUUUUAUACUCUAAUAUUUUAAUUGUUAUUUGAAAUUCUGAACUUCAUGCUUGAAGUUUUCCAUUUAAUGUCAACCCACAUUUUCCUAUUUCAACCAACUUCAUUCUUUUAAAUCAUCGUCUGUGAUUCACUUUAUACGUUUCAACAAAACAAACUGCCAAUAACAUCUACUUCAUUGUUGCGAUUCAUCAUCCAACGUGAUGUCUCUGGACGUCAAAGCGGCUCAAACAGCCUCAUUCAAUAGUGCAUCAGUGAUUUUGUUUACACCUGUGCUUUUCCAGCUCUGAUGUGGACACGUCCUUCAUUUCACUGAUGGUUCAGAUGGUCUGAACAAACAUGUAGACAAACUAACACUCUUGUACAUUAUAUUAACGCUGAUAUGUGGACUGCUGAUUUCACAUCUUUUUGAACAAUUAAACGUGAACUAUGACCAUGUGGUCAAACAAAGUC